AUGUCUUUUAACAAUCUUCUGCCCCUGCACCGAAGGGAUACAUGUCAGACUUCAGAAUCUAGUCAGAAACUACGUACCAGUAGUCAAUCCAACAGCUCUCCACCUCCUAGCUCUAUCCACACCGUCAUUUGGCUCAACGAAGCCAUUGCUGCAGCUGCCGAAUUCGUUGGGACCUUCAUGUUUCUUUUCUUUGCCUUCGGUGGCACCCAGAUCUCCCAUACCGCGACCACUGACGCGCCUGCAGCAGGUCAGCCACCAGACACUAACGUCCUUCUCUACAUUGCCUUGAGUUUCGGGUUUAGCUUGAUGGUCAAUGUAUGGAUUUUUUUUAGGGUCAGUGGUGGCUUGUUCAACCCUGCAAUGCUCGCUGGUAUGAGCGCUGCCGCUGUCAUCGAAGCCAUACUUCCCGGCCCCCUAAUGGUUUCCACCAAUCUCAGCGUAUCCAUUGCGCGAGGUAUCUUCAUUGAGAUGUUCUGUACAUCGCUUCUCGUUCUCACUAUCAUCAUGCUCGCUGCCGAGAAGCACAAAGCCACGUAUCUAGCCCCUAUCGGUAUUGGUCUCGCUCUAUUUGUUGCGCAUCUGGUAGGCAUAUGUUAUACAGGUGCAGGCCUUAAUCCUGCUAGGAGCUUUGGACCGUGUGUGGCAACGAAGAGUUUUCCGGGAUAUCAUUACGUAUAUUGGGUUGGUCCAUUCAUGGGUACAUUAUUAGCUGUGGGUAUGUACAAGAUCGUCAAACUGGUGGAGUACGAAAUUAUCAACCCAGGACAAGAUAGUGAUGGCCAUCAGGUACGUGCCGCCUUCCAAACCUUUCAGGCUCUCAUUCCCGGAUUCUCACGCUGA